CAAUUCGAAUUCUCACUGGUUCAGUCGCGAAUGGUCGUUCGCGCCGUACGGUUUAGUAGUACACUUUAGUAUAGAUUAGUACUGGCCAUCCUCCAGUGUUCCACACCGUCGCUGCACCCAGGAUUUUAUCCAAAUAAGAACUAAACGUUCGGUGGUUUCCUUGCAAAAGGAUUCUACACUUCUGAAACCAAAACCAGGGAUUAUAUGAUCACUAAUUAUGGACACAUCGGAUAGUUCAAAGAUGAUUCUUGGAAGGACGAUGAAAACCAGCUUAUUUUUAUUUUUCGCAUUAUUAGCAAUUUCGAGUGCUAGUAGGGAUGAAAGGCAUUCAGAGAAGGAUAAGAGCUACGCGUGUCCGCCGAACUUUAUGAGGCUCAGCUACAAGUGCUACUAUUUCAGUAAUUACACUGCGACGUGGCAGGAUGCGUAUUGGAAAUGCAGCGAAUUGAGAAGCAACAUCGCAACUAUUAAGAACGGAAAUCAGGAUAAGGUCGUCAGGAGGACUUUGGAUCAGAAGGGUUUAGCGCCCAAAGAGUGGUGGGUUGGCGGUAGAUACGAUUGGGGUACGAUGUCCUGGAAGUGGGCCGAGUCCGGUAAAAGCGUGCAAUACAAUGGUUUUCAUGAAGACUUCAAUCUGAUGCACGAUAAAGAUAGUCUCCUAUGGAAUUGCAUUAUUUUGGAUCCUGCUAAACAAUACAGGUGGAAUUCAAGGAUGUGCACAGAAUCGAAAUAUUUCAUUUGCCAGUCGAAGAUUCGCACCAUUGGCAACAAAGAUAGGAAGAAGCUUCAAAAGCGGUUUCGUACCGAUAAACACAACAAGUUGAACGAAGUACCCGUACCGGAAAUCCAGACAAACUCAAUUGGAACUGCACGAAAGCAAUACGACAAGAAUAUCUUAAACAAGGUGUCGUUUGCAGCAAGACCGAAAGAAGUGACGAUGUACAGCAGGAAGAACAAAAAGGAAACACAGUCUUUGCAGUUCAAUAAUGGAACGCAAGCGGACAUGCCCAGUCGCAGAGGAUCAAAACCUAGGAAGUUGCGUAAACAGAAGGAAGGCGGUGGUCGGAGAAAACAUAAUAAAAUCAUGUAUAAAACUUAUUACGAGGGCACCCCAAGUCCCUAUCUGCCCAGAGUACUCGUAGAAGAAUUUAGUUAUAGUUAGACUACUUGUGUACACUUAAAAACCUAAGAUUCAAAGUAUUGCUCGACAAGCCAAUUUAUUUAUUAUUGCUACGAAACUGACGCGAAGAAUAUCUAUAUUUUUGUAUACUGUAGUUUGUUACAAGUUUUUUGAUUCCUAUAUUCGCUUCACUAAUUUAUUUCCUAGUUUGUAACUGAACUUGCACUUGCAUGUAUAUAGAAUCACUUCAUAUUAUUUUCUUUUUAGGGAGUAUACAUUUACAGAUUGUUGUACUGAUUACAAUUAUUUAUAUGUGUGAUAUAUAACUAUAACUGUUUUGCCAAUUGUUCAAAUUUCUUUAGAAUCAUAUAAAUUGUAUUUGUUUCCUUGUUUUUUUUAUUAUCGAU